UUAUACUCUAAAAGGUCAUGUAUAACAAUAUAUGUUUUUAUUUAUUUCCAGUUGUUGGGAGGAUUUCUACUGGAACUGCAUAGAAGAGCGAUUCUGCUAUGACGAAACAAUUGCUAACUAUGAUCCCGAGGAAGAUGAGUACGUCAUCGAGAAGAAAGCUCGAAAUGGGUUCUACAACUCGGAGGACUCGGUGCAAAACAACAAUCCGAUUUGUCGGCAGCCGUCCAGCAUAGGGCAAAGCAGCACUUUGAGCUCGAAAAUCCACGAGGACGAUCUCCGCCGGGGGAUCCAGACCAACGUGAUGGUGGCGCCGGAGGUGAUGGCUGUGUUCGCCAACUCGCAAAUCUUCCAGGAGCAUUCCCCGCCAAAGUCCGUCUCCAAGAGUCCCCCCUCGGUCAAGUUUGCCAUCUCGCCGGAUUCGCCCUCGAUAGAGGCGACCUCGGUGCCCUCAUCGCUGGAUACAUCCAAACAGGAGGACGAUUCCGACAAACUGCUAAAACGGCUCGAAGGAUCUUAUCCAGACCUACGUGGUAGUAAACCAGGAUCAACUAUCAUUCCGGCCAUAGUAGAGGAAGUGCAGGACGAUGAGGUGGUCCUCCGACCUCCGCGAUCCAUGAUCGAAGCAUCCGCUUCCUUCAGUGGAUCAACCAGCCUGAUCAACAACAAGAACAUUUCCCAUCUGCAAGCAGAGCAGCCCUACUUCUCAACCCGUCCAGCCAGCGAGAACGAUAUUUUCACCAUUUCAUCCGCGAGCAACUACAAUGCCAUCAGCAUGACGCCCGAAGUUCCAGCCAUUUCGUAUUCCAAUCUGCCGAAGAACUACUUGGAAACCCCGACGGUGGAGAAGUACCGCGAAUCGGUUAGCUUGUAUUCCAUUCAAACGGCGGGAAUUCUUUCCGCCAAGGAGGACCUCUCGAUGCCACGGUACUACGGCAAAUCCGAUCUGAUCAUGAACAGUGCCAGCCACAGCAAGGGCAACCGAAAUCUGUCCGAUUCCAACAUGGCGGGGUCGAGCACUCCGGUGUCCAGUACCAGUUCGGUCCGGCAGGUGGAGAAGAGCAAGCGACUGAAGAACAUAAGGACGGCUCUGCCGCCGUUGAACUUGCAGCUCAUACGAGGCAGCUCGAGCUCUAACCUUAAGGAAAAGGAGAAAGAAGCGCGAGAAAAGGAGAAAAUCAAAGCUAAAGACAGUAUUAAAUUGUAGAUUUUAAGAGAAAAAAAAGUUACUUAAAACGAUUUCAGUGCCAAUCUGUAGUAACGGUAUACGAGUUGAAACCGUUGGUAUUUUUAAAAGGUGGAGGAUAUAUUGAUAUAUGAUAUAAUUGUAGUUGUAGACUUGAUCACUUAACUUAGCAAAAAGUUUUUAUCUGAUAUGAGAACAUAGAGAAAUAGUGUGCCAAUUUAUUUUUUAACUGAAUAGACAUGUUCUAAAUAAUAGAAA